AUGGGGAGAAAAGGACUGGGGGGCUUAUUGCACUUCCAGGGAGCCAGCUACUCCCCUUCCCCCGAGAGCCCCUCUGGAGAGGGGGGCCCCACCAGUCGCACCACUAUAGCCCGGGGUCUAGGGACAGGCAGCAGGGCCCACGAGCCAGCUGGCCACCAGGGCCAUCACCAAUCACAGAAGACAUCAGCAGCAAAGGCCAUUCUAGGUCAGACAGAUCUUCCUUCAGCCUUCAGCUCAUCACAGUGUGUUAGAAACCAGGGAGAAGUUCAUGGACGUUGGGUUUCAGUGGUGGAGCUGCCUGCCUUGUAUGGAAAAGCUCAGCAGCACGUGCUGAAAGAAUCACACACGUGUAUCACUCUCUGCAACCCUGAGGGUGUCCACGCCUUCAUCCUGGUCCUACCUGUGGGUCCCCUCACUGAUGAAGACAAGGGAGAAUUACAGACCAUCCAGGACACAUUCAGCUAUAGAGUCAACAACAACACAAUGAUCCUGUUCACUACAGACUCAGAUCCUAAACAUCCACAAGUGGUUAAAUGUCUUAAAAAAGAUAAGAACAUCAAGAAGCUUAUUAAGAGAUAUGGAAGGAAAUACAUUGUUAUCAAAAGCAGUGACAAGAAGCAGUUUUCUGCUAUAAUUGAUUUUGUGAAAAAAAUGAAACAAAGAUGCUACACAUCAGAAAUGCUUUUUGAAGCCUGCUUGGAUAAAAUCCAGUUACAAGAGAAAACAUUAACCAGCCUACAGAGGGAACCUUCCAUUCUACCAUCACAGACUUGACCUGUAUCUUCAUGCCUCAGAAUUGUUUUGAUUGGAAGGUCUGGGUGUGGGAAGAGCUCUUCCGGAAACACUAUCCUGGGUAGAAAUGAGUUUGAUCAAAAGCUAAGCCAAAAGUCCGUCACAAAGUCUUGUAAGAAAUCAAUGGGUGAGGUAGAAGGUCGUCCUGUUGCUGUGGUGGACACUCCUGAUUUCUUUGAUAACAGUUUUAGCCAAGAAGAAGUGAAUAACGAAUUGUUGCGAUGUAUCAGCCUUUUGGCUCCAGGCCCACAUGUCUUCUUGGUUGUAGUACAAAUCGGAGCAAGGCUUACACCAGAAGAGAAGGAGACACUUAAACUUAUUAAAGACAGUUUUGGAAAAAAUUCUGAAAAGUUUACUAUCAUCCUUUUAACCAGAGGGGACAUGCUGCAAAAACAGUCCAUUGAAGAUUACAUAGAAAAAGACUGUGAUGAAUCCUUUAAAGAGCUUAUUAGAGACUGUGAGGAAAGAUACCAUGUGUUUGACAACAGCAAUAUUAAAAACCGAGGACAGGUAGUAGAGCUGAUCAGAAAGAUUGAUAACUUGGUGGCCAAAAAUGGAUGCUUCACAAAUGAGAUGCUGCUAGAGGCUGAAACAGCCAUACAGGAAAAAAUUCAGAUAAUCCUUCAGGAGAAAGAGGAAGAAUUUAAGAGAGAAAGGGAGAAACUAGAAGAAAGACACCAGAGGAAGAGGAAAAAGAAAGAAAAAAAAAUAAAAGAAGAAAGAGCAAAAACUGAAAAAGAGAUCAAAGAAAACAAUGCCAAAAUUCAGGAGAUCAAGAGAAAACUCCAACAGGCUCAAGAGGAGAAACUGAAAGAACAAGAGAGGAGAAAACAGGACAAAAAGAGGCAAGAGGAAGAAGAAAAUCUUGAAUAUUUAUAUGAAAGCAUUAAAGAGGAAUUAACAAAACAACUGGAGGAGGAUGAAAAAAUAAAAGAAAAGGAGGUUUUAUAUGAAGCGAAAAUGGAUUAUGUAUUCAAGCAAGAAUUAGACAAACUAAGAGAGAAACAUGAGGAAAUAGCCCGUCAAAAAGCCGAAGAGCUUAAUGAGUUCAAAGAGGAAUUUAGAAAAGAAUUUAAAGCUCAGACAAAAGGACAUACAAAAAAGGAAAAAAACUUACUAAAGGCCCUUAAGGAGUUCACUGACAGGGGAAAUAAAUCCAAACGCAGAAAGGAAAACAUUGACAUGGUGAAAAGUGUGACCAAAAACAAAGAACUGAGUUUAUCCAAAGAAACAAUACUCAGUAACGGUUGUGAAGAGCCAAAGACGCGCCCCUCUAGAGCACUGAGGCACCCAGAGGGACCCCAAGAGCAAAGGCGCCCAGGAGGGACCAACCAAGAAAAUCCACCCCCCUACCAAGGAGGGAGGAGAGACGACCCCAACUAUAUCCUCCAGCCACAGCAAUGCCGGAGCCCCCAGGAGCCGCGGGGACGAGUCCGCGGGCUCCGCCGGCAGCCAGCCACCCUGAAGUGGAUCUGGCCAUAUGCCCCAGGGACCCAAGACCCCUGGGGUUCCCCAAUCUCCUGGCGGGGGUCCUGGCUGGGCCCCAGGCCCCACGGAGCAGCCACCAGGAAUAAGCCAGUACUCGCCCGGGCAUCCACCCCCAAACAACGAGCAUCACCAGUGCACCAUGUGAUGGAGCAGGCACGGGAAGGAGAUUGGGGAUGGGGAGAAAAGGACCAGGGGACUUACUGCACUCCCAGGGAGCCAGCUUCCCGGCUGACUCCAAUAGGCCCCCCCGUUCCCAAGAGCCCCCCCGGAGAGGGGCUCUCACCAGUCGCACCACCAUAG